UCACGACUGAGAGGGACAAAAGAGAGGAGAAAGCUACAAAAUUUAGAACUCCACAAAAACCAGAACCUUCGCCUCUUCCUCAUUUUUCUUCUUAAUAAAAAGGAGAAAAAAAGAGGAUUUUGCUGAUUUUCUCUUUUCAGAGAGAGAGAGAGAGAGAGAGGUGCAGAGAUGCAAUCAGUGGUUGUAAAUCCAUGUUAUUGCAGGGUCCACCAACCCCCAGAAGCCUCCUGUUCAGGCGGCUCCCGUCUUCCCUCUUUCAAGAAUUCGAGUAUACAUGGCCGCCAGAUUUCGUUUGCCCCGAUCGGUUUUCAGAUACGAAGGAGUUGUUUUCGCACUCGUACCUUUACCAAAACACAUGGGCGCACAGUCAAAGCCAUUGCUACUCCAAAUUCAGUGGUGGAAUUGCCACUGACUGCGGAAAAUGUUGAGAGUGUAUUGGAUGAAGUGCGGCCAUAUCUCAUGGCAGAUGGAGGUAAUGUGGCAUUACAUGAGAUUGAUGGCAAUGUUGUGAGAUUGAAGCUGGAAGGAGCAUGUGGCUCAUGCCCAAGUUCUGUAAUGACGAUGAAGAUGGGCAUCGAGCGUCGUUUGAUGGAAAAGAUUCCAGAAAUAGUCGCAGUCGAACCAAUUGCAGAUGAGGAGACAGGUCUUGAGCUAAAUGAAGAAAACAUAGACAAGGUACUCGAAGAAAUAAGGCCUUACCUUGUGGGAACUGGGGGUGGUGAGCUUGAACUUGUUAACAUCGAGGAACCUAUCGUGAGGGUCCGAAUCACUGGUCCAGCAGCAGGGGUCAUGACUGUUCGGGUGGCAAUAACACAGAAGCUGCGAGAGAAGAUCCCAGCAAUUGCAGCUGUCCAGCUGUUAUGAUUUCUAGGCAAAUCAGACCUUGGAACUUAAUUGCUGCACGAGUAUUGAUACAUUCCAACCAGGCCGUAGUAAUAAUAACACUUAUAAGAUGUACCCAACUAUUGUAUAGCUGAAAUUAUUUGUUGGAAAGUAUAUUUGUAUUUGUCUUGUUUUAAUCUUCAGCGAGAAUGCCAUUCAUUACCUAAGCCAUUUGCCCCCCUCC